AUGCCGGGCCAGCCUUGUGCUGCGGUAACAAGUAACAAUGCAAUCAAUCAGAAGCUCCGAUUGGAGAAGCUUUUCCAGCUUCCAGAAAACCGCGAGUGUUUUGAGUGCUUGGCGAAACAGCCGCGCUGGGCCAGUACCAACCUUGGGAUCUUUCUGUGCCUCCGCUGUGCUGGCGUCCAUCGCGCUAUGGGGACGCAUGUCUCCAAGGUGCGAUCGACAACCAUGGACACGUGGGAGGAGCCGAUACUUCAGUUCUGUGAGUGUGUCGGUAACGCGCGGGGACGAAUUCUUUAUGAGCACAACAUGAAUUCGCACGUGCGUCCAACUUGCACCAGUGAUGCUUCUUUGGUAGAGCGGUUUAUACGUGACAAGUACGAGCGGAAGUUAUACUACAACCCUCAGUAUAAGACACUUUUACAGCAGUUUCUUGCUUCCGGCGAGUCAGAGGAAGAGUGGUCGGGCUUUGUGGCGUCCCAACAGGUAGAAAGGGCGGUAGCCACACCGUCGCCACCAAAGACAGAAGGAACAGCGGCUUUGAUGCCGAUGUUAUGGGGCGGCAGUAUUUCUACAACAGUUCUGGCUCCUACUUCUCCGAUAGGCAGCAGAAACACGAAGGGUGGCAUCGACAUUAAUAGUCUCUUUUCAACAACAACAACGACUGCUAUUACUAGUGAAAAUAGUAAUAAUAAUAACAAUUAUACGAUGCAACAUCCGCACCAACAGCAACAUAUAUAUUUGACGCAUGCAGUGGGGAAAGGAAUAGUGAGUAACCAAUAUCACCAGCAGCAACACCAGCAUUCCCUCCCUGUGUCUUCACAGGCGGAUCACCAGGCGACGGAGGCAGACGCUAAAACAGAGAUUAUGUCCUUGUUUAGCCGUUCAUCCAAUGUCCCUCCCACACAUGUAUAUAGUGCGUGGCAGCCACAGCAACCUUCUUUUGGAUGUGGCCUAUCGCAAUAA